GCAAAGUAAAUAAAAGAAGAGAAAACCCUCAGACAUCGAGACUCUGAGAUCCAACGACAAUCGCGUCUGGUUCCUGGAGAUCUGAUCAUUUUCCCACCGAAUCACCGUCUGAUAAAAAGAUGAUUGAUGAUCAAGAUUUGGGGUUCAUAGUCAAUUCUCUUGGCAUCUUCAUCUUCGGAUUGGUAAUUGCUUAUCAUUACGUAGCUGCUGAUCCCAAAUACGAAGCCACUUGAGUGAAUGUAUCUUUAGAUUAUGUAAGGUUUUUAAGUUUAUAUCUGUUUCAAACUGAGAAGAGAAUAACAACAGUCUAUGCUUAGAAUGAAAAUGUUGUCAACAUGUUCCUAAUCCAUUUCACAUCUUUGUUCCAGUUUUGGUUUUCAAAUUUGAUGUUCAUGUUUGAUGAAUAUACUUGUAAGCCUGAGCACCAACUCUACGAUGAAAUUA